AAUGACCGAUGAAGAUCAACAACAUCAAUCAAAGAAGAGGAAGGAAGAGGAUGAAUCAACACCUCUCGAUGAAAUGACAGGAAAACAUCUUGAUCAAUUAUCGGAUGCCAUGAAUAACCUCACCAUUCAGCAACAGACUGAACAAUUACUCUCCAAAUUGUUAUCUCGUGAAGCUGCAGAACAUGAUGAUGAUGGUGCAAAAUCAAAAACCUCAUCAGAUCAGGAUAAUAAUAUGAACAUUCUUCAUCAAAUGCAAGAUGAUGAAGUUGUGGAACUUUUGGUUGGUGGAAAGUACUUUACCACAACUAAAAAGACAUUACUUGGAGAACGUGCCACAAUGACACAAAAUCCAGAGUCUGUUCCUUAUCUAUUGGAGUUUGUUGAACCACAGGAUAACUUUUUCAAAGUCAUGUUUGAAAGUGGGUUUGGUAUUGAAAAGGUUGAGAACAAGUCAGCAAUUUCGAUUCCUGACAGAAAUCCAGAUUACUUUGAAUACAUAUUGGAACACUUGAGACAGGGUGGUAAGGUGAAAACUCUUGGUAUUGAAAAAUUACAACUUAAUCAAUUGGAGUUAAUUUUAGAAGAAUCCAAGUAUUUCCUUACUGAAAAGUUGUCAGAGUACAUUAUGUUUUUAAUUCACAAAUAUCAUAGAAAUGAAUCUCUAUUCUCAAAUUAUUUACUUCCAACACCAUAUGAUAAUGCUGAAACUAAAAAAGUAUCUCCUUUCCAAUACAAUACAGAGAAAAUUAAUCAAACAACAAAGAAAAUGGAAGAAAGCAUUACGAAAUCUAAGUUGGAAAUUUCAAAAAUAUCAAAAGAACUCACAGAAAAGUACAAGAGUCUUGUUUCCACAAAGGAUGAGAAUUUAUGUGUGAGAAUUAAUGUGGGAGGAGAGGUAUUUGAAUUACCUAUUAAACAUUUGGCAAAUCAUCCAAAUUGCAUUAUUACCAAGUUCAUUAAUUCUAAUAGCUUUAGAGAAAACAAGAAUGACUCUAUUUUUAUUGAUAGAAAUCCAAGAUUAUUUUCUCUUAUAUAUGGAUAUUUGAUUUCCGGUGGUAAAUUCAAUCAUUUUCCUUCAAAAUUGUCAAAUGAGCAAACAUUACAAUUGGAAAAAGAAGCACAGUUCUAUGGAAUCAAUACUAUGAUAAGCGAGUAUAUAUCACCUCUUAGAUAUCCUGUAGAAUUACUUGGAAAAGAAAAUAUUGAACUGAAGGAAAAAGAGGACAAACUCAGAGUUCUUUUUGCUAAGGAAAGAGAUUCACCAUUGUUAGAUAAUCCAUACUUGUUACUUUCUCCACUCUUUGACAGUAUUCAACAAAUCAAUUCAAAAACUCUCUAUCCAAUCAAUUUUAAUGACUGUCCUAAAAUAUUAGAUCUCUCUGACAAAACUACCUACUCUAGACAGUGUACUAUUCCUAAUCUUGUUGAUAGAAUUGAAACUUUCAAGUCUAACUUUUACAAAUUCACACAGUCAACUUUGGAGGGACUGGACUGGACAGGCGUGUUUGCAGCAGGUGGUGGUGUAUUGGGGUGCUGCUUGAAGGAAAUACCAGACUAUGAUUCAAUAACACCAGUAUCUGGAUUAUACCCAACGUCUUACAUGGAAAAGAAAGAAAUGGAAAAGAAAAUUUCAUUGAUCGAAAAUGAGGAUGAUGAAGAUGACCCAAGCGAUUUUGGAUAUUGGAAGAGAGAAACUCCAACAUUUGAUCACAGUGGUUUAUAUGACCUUUCUGAAUACAAAGUAACUGAGUCUGUCGGAAACUCAAUAGCUUAUAGUUAUAGCAGAGGAUAUGAUACCAGAAUGCAUAAUAAGAGAAUUCAUCCUGGUAUUGAGUCUACUAUUACAAACACUACCGAUUGUAGGGCUGUACCUGAACCACCCAUUCCUUAUUCAUUCAAAAAGUCAGAUAUUGAUCUCUUCCUCUAUGGAAUGACAGAAGCUGAAGCUGAAGAGAAGUUGAUUCAUAUCUAUAAUGUUAUCAAGGAAAAUAUGUCCAAAAUCAUUCUUCAAGAUUCGGAACCUAAUCUACUGGAAGUAUCUGAUAAGGUUUUCAAAAAACAAAAGACAAUUGUUAAUAAUGAUAUUUUGGUAGUAAGAACAAAAUAUGCAGUAACUUUUUAUGGAUAUCAUAUUAGACCAAUUCAAGUUGUUCUUCGUAUUUACAAAUCACCAGCUGAAGUAAUUUUAGGUUUUGAUAUAGAUUGUGCGUGUAUUGGAUAUGAUGGAAAUCAAGUUUGGGCUAGUCCUAGAUGUAUUAGAUCACUCACUCAUCAAGUUAACUUGGUAGAUGUUGAUCGUCAGUCAACUACCUACGAGUAUAGAUUGUACAAAUAUAGUAGAAGGGGAUUUAGCGUAGCCAUUCCAGGUUUUAAUCCAGAAAAGGUUAAAAAUCAACUUCUUCAAUACCCAAGAAGAUUAUUAUUUUCCAGUAUGGAGCAUUUAAUGCACGGAUUGGCUCGUUUGCUUGCUUAUGACUUUUCUUGUCGUGCCAAAAAUCCAAAAUAUAUUUUGGCAAACUAUGACACCCCUUCUAGAACAGCUCAACAAAAAGAAGAAAGAAAAGCCAUGAUUUUAGGUGGAGAAAUUAAUCCAAAAUCUGAUUAUUUAGAUUUGGGAAUUAUCAAAAAUAAUAGAUAUCCACCGGCAACUAUUUUUAACAUGUUAAACAAAGCUAAAACAGUGACAGAAAAUAUACACAAUAGAAAAGGUCCAACCACCGAGGUUGUAGUUGAUAAAGAGACUAACAGCAGAGGGUCAAGAUGGAGAAGAUCAUAUAACAAUGAGAGAAAAAUAAGAGAAAAUGUUCGUCACAACACUCAAUUACUGAAAGAUUCCAGAUUGCCUCAAGUCGAUAUAGAGAUUAAAUCAAGUCGUGAAGCUAAUUGGAAACCGUAUUUCAUUUACUCUCUUAAUAAUAUGGAGUCUAUUCUCAAUAACACAGUUCAAGAAUCAACAGCUCCACAAAAAAUUGAAUUCUUACAAGUGGAUCCAGGAACACAAAUUGGAAGUUUUCAUCCAACAGAUUUGAACUUUUAUCAAGACGCCUAUCAAAAGGUACCACCAGAACGCUUACCACUUCUGAAAGAGCAUACCUAUCAAGCUUUAUGGUUCAAAUCAGUACAGGAAAUGCCAUCAAACCCAACUAAGGAAAACUACAUUUCAAUAGAUUUGUCACUCCACGGCAAUAACACUCGUGAUGCAGAGACAUUAUUCGAAAAGUAUGCUCCUGAGCAGUCUAAUUUGAUCGAACAAGCAUUUAGAAAGUGUGUUUUCUAUGGACAAAGUUAUGAAUUUUGGAUUUCAGCAACAGAAAAGAUUAAUUUUGACAAUUGGACUCAUACCUACACUGAAAACCAUCCAUUAUAUCCAAACAAAAUUUCAAGAUUGCACAGAAAUCAAAAUAGAGUCUAUUUCGGUUGGAGACAAUACGCAGACCCUGAAAGACCUUUAUAUGUUUGUCUUACUGCAAAACAUUAUUAUUAAUAAUCUCUCAUAUUUAUUAUCAUCCACUCAUAUGUUAAACCAAUAAUUGACCAUGAGAUUAAAACACAAUUCUUUGUAGGAAUCAAGUGAGAAAGGGUAUGAUUCAACAGUUUCAGAAAUCGUAGUAAGAGACUCCAAUCCUAUUGGAUUUUCAAAUUUUUCAAUCUUCUCUGUCAAUGUUAAUUCUUACUUCCGAUAAUCAACUUGAAGUAGUGAUAAUAUGAUAAUCAGAAAAUAAUAUAACAUCAGUAGUUUUUGUUAGACAUGUAUUUUGUUUCGUUAGACAAUUUUAAAUCUAAUAAUUUAAUAUUAAAAAAAUGUCCACACU